CCCCCUUUUUUUCCAUCCAACCACCCCCCGCAGCUUCUUGGGCUGCUGGAGAGAGAUCCGCCGCACGCCCAUAAGCCCGGCCCAGGGGACAAGGGCCGGUCCGUGGGCGACGCCCAUGGCGGCGUUGGUGCCGGGCUUGGAAGAUGAGCUGCGGAACGCGGGUUUAGAGCGGUGCCUGGUGGCCGCAGCCGAGUGGUGUGACAGGAUGGGUCCCAAGGACAUGGAGGAGAUCAGCGAAGAGGAGAUUUUCGAUGACUUCGCGGAGGCGUUGCAACUGAAACCCUUGGAGCGAAGGCGGCUGCUGAAAGGGCCCCUGGGAGCAUGGAGAACAGGCUCCGCAGGGGCUGCCGUCGGGCUGAGCGCACCUGGCGCACCCGCGGCGGCGGGCUACUCCGCGCAGCAGGGGGCGAGUAGCUGGAGUUCGACGAGCAUGCAGCCCAUGAAGGCGCCGUUGAUGGUGAAGAACACUUUCUUGGAGUUGGACGAGGGCGCGAGGUCGGAGGCACUGCAGCGGGCCAACACCGUCCCUGCACCCGCCUCUAACGUCCAGGACCUGUUGGAAGAUGAGGAGGAGGAGGAGGCGACGGAGGUGACGGAGCAGCCAAAAGUGGAGAGCAACAUCUACAAGACCAUGACUUUCGACUCUUUUGAGAAUGGGGACGAUUGGCUCUGGCUGAACCGUCAGCAACUGGAAGCAGUGGAAGAGCACCAUGACGAGGCUCCUGGAGACGCUCCUCAGGAGUUUGUGCCCGAAGAGGCGCCCUGUGGAAUGAUGUUCAUCCCCAUGGACUUGGUGAUGCCCGUCCAGCCAGACAUGUACCCAGGCUGCUUCGCCGUGCCCAUGGACCGCUUCGGCCGCUUUCCGGCUCCGGAAGGUGGUUUGCCAGAUUUCACGCCGCUUGGAGUGACGACCACUGCAGACAACAAGCGAGCACAGGUGCUCCAACGCACCUUUAGCCUGGCCACGAACAUCUAUCGCAUCCGAUGGACGGUAGAUGCCAGGAAGUUGAAGAGUACGGACAAAGAGGCGGUCUCCCCGCAGUUCGAAAUCUCCUUUUCCGGAGGCAACGUGCCCUUCAAGAUGAUCAUGCGCCCCCGCGCGGUGGCACAAGAGCGUGGUGGAGCCAGCUUCAAGAGAUCGCGGGGGCGCGGCAAUCUCCAGCUCCGCUGCAUGGCUGAAUCCGACACGGAGACCAAGCCGGUGGUCACCUUCCGCUUGAGCGUGGGGAGUGAGAAGGCCGCGAAGCAGCUGAAGCCUCGUGGACCCGUGCGCCACGACUUCUCGGAGAAGAACAUUUGCGGGCUUCCGAGUGGCCAGGAUGACUGGGAUUUUGGCAAGGCGGUGGAUGAGAAGACUCAAACCUUUGUGGUGUGUUUAGAGAUCCUGUCAGAUGCACAGUGAUUCACCGCGGCCACGGCCGAUUUUUCGCGGCCGAUGAAGAACGUGAGGGAGAUGAUCAACGCAGAUAAAGGGA